AUGGGUGCCGGUGAAAGCAGCAUGGCUUUGGACAGUGAGUUUGUUUUUAUUCAACUAAAAAAUCUCUGGAGUUAUUUCUAACUACAUUUUCAGAACACUUGUUUGAAUUGAAAUUCGCCGCAAAACAAUUGGAGAAAAGUGCGCAAAGAUGUGAAAAAGAGGAGAAAAUUGAGAAGGAUAAAUUGACCACAGCGAUCAAAAAAGGAAAUCGUGAAGUCGCGCAAGUUCACGCGGAAAAUGCAAUUCGCAAGAAGAACGAAGCUGUUAACUACAUUCGAAUGUCUGCGAGAAUUGACGCAGUUGCCGCACGCGUUCAAACCGCCGCAACUCAAAAAAGAGUUACUGCAAGUAUGGGCGGUGUUGUGAAGGCAAUGGAAAGUGCAAUGAAGAGUAUGAAUUUGGAGAAGGUUCAAGAAUUAAUGGAUCGAUUUGAAAGAGAUUUCGAAGAUUUGGAUGUCCAUACAAAGACUAUGGAAAGAACAAUGGAUGGAACAACUGUCUUGAAUGCACCAAAAUCGCAAGUUGACGCAUUGAUUUCGGAAGCCGCUGAUAAGGCUGGGUAAGUGAUUUUGGGAAGGCAUUUGGAUUUUUUUAGGAAAAUUACUCAGUAAAUAUCAGAAAAAUUCAUAAAAAUCUUCAUUUUUAUCAAAACUGGUGAUUCAAUAAAAUUGUAUCAAGAAAUAAUGAAAAUUCAUCAAAAAUGUAGAUUCUCGUUGAACACUUUAGCUAGAAAUCCGUAGAGUAGCUUAGAAUCGCAAAGUCCUUCUUCCACGGCUAAGAAACCCAAAAACCGCACAUUUUUUCUAGAAUCGAACUCAAUCAAGAACUCCCCGCAAACGUGCCAACUUCAUUGCCUGCCACGUCACAAAACGUCAGCGAAGACGCGGAUUUGACUCAACGGCUCGCCGCUUUGCGAAAUCAAUAA